ACAGCUUGGUGUUCAAGUAAAAAAAAAAACAAUAUAAAUGGGUAUAAUGAUCGGGUGACUGAAUAAAAUAGUCCACUACAUGGACAUGGACCAUCUAAAUCUACAGCGAAUGGAAUUGGCUGAAGCGCCUUUGACAUUGCCGUUUUUUUCAUUAGGGGAGGGGGACUGAACUUUUGACAAGGAGGUGUUGUACAGGGGGGAUGUUAUAAAGAGUCUUCAAAGUGUGCCUGAAUCGUGGAGGCGUGGACCAUCCGGCGAACGUAUAUAAUGAUUUUCUCUCCAAAUAUGGCUUUAUAACGCCUGUAAACUGGGAAGACGCUCAAUGGGAUGAGGAGAAAUUAUCAGAAGACUUCAGCAGUGGAGACACUAUGUCUCUCAUUCAAGAGGGAGACUCCUUAUCAUGGUCAGGUAACACCAAAGACCCCUCAGAGAACGCACAGCUCAUAACAGCUCUCAAGGAGUUCCAGAGGAUGAUAGGCUUGCCUGUGACAGGUCUGUUUGAUGACGCCACCAAAGCAGCCAUGAACAAGCCACGUUGUGGGGUUCCAGACAAAGAGGCAGACUCCAAGACUACUGCUGAGCACAAUACAACCACAACAGGUGGGGAGGGCAGCCAGUUGGGUAAUAGCACCGAAACUGACCAAGAACAAGUCAAGGAUCCAGAACAGAAAACUGCUGAGACCAGACUGGUCCACACUCGCAGUGAAAGGCUCUCUCGUAAGAAGCGGCAUCUGGCUUCCUUGCUGGGUCAAACCAGAAGAAGAAGGGAGGAGGGAGAGAUGGAAUAUAUGGCCUUCUCUAAGGCGGUGCUCAGGUGGAGGCUGAUUGGGGAAGGUUACAGCAGCCAGCUGUCCAUUGACGAUCAGAGGUACAUCUUCAGACUGGCCUUCAGGAUGUGGAGUGAGGUCUCCCCUCUGGAGUUUGUGGAGGACUCACACUCCCCGCUGGAGGACAUUGACAUCAGACUGGGCUUUGGAACAGGGCGACACUUAGGCUGCACUCAAAGAUUCGAUGGCGCAGGCCGUGAGUUUGCUCAUGCGUGGUUCCUUGGAGACAUACACUUUGACGACGAUGAACAUUUCACCGCCCCUAAUACUGGGGAUGGGAUCAGCCUGCUGAAAGUGGCGGUGCAUGAGAUUGGCCAUGUGUUGGGCUUACCACAUCUCUACAGGGCUGGGUCCAUCAUGCAGCCCAGCUAUCUCCCCCAGGAGUCCAGCUUUGAACUCGACUGGCAAGACAGGAAAGCCAUUCAGCACCUUUACGGCAGCUGUAAUGGGCGCUUCAGCGCAGUGUUUGAUUGGAUCAGGAAGGAAAGGACCCCCUAUGGGGAGAUGAGGGUCCGCUUCAACACGUACUUCAUGCGAGAUGGCUUGUACUGGCUGUAUGAGAACAGGCAGAACCGCACGCGCUACGGUGACCCUGUAGCUGUCGAGGUGGGAUGGCAUGGCAUACCGGCCAAUGGCGUGGACGCGCACGUUCAUGUGUGGACGCGUGGAAAUGAUGCCAUCUAUUUUUUCAAAGGUUCUCAGUUCUGGAAAUAUGACACUGAGAAUGACCAGGUAUUCACAGAGGAUGAGGAGGGCCGGCGCUACCCCAGGCCCAUCUCAGAGGGCUUUCCUGGGGUACCUGGCCCCAUCGACACGGCCUUCUACGACAGGAGAGACUCUCAAAUCUAUUUCUUUAGGGGCCCAUCAGUGUAUGCCUUUGAUGUCAAAGCUAACCGCUUGGCAAAAGGGUACCCAAAGAAAAUCACACAGGUGUUUCCUGCAGUGUUGCCUGGUGACCACCCUGUUGCUAACCUGGACGUAGCCUACUUCUCCUACACACACAAUGCCAUUUUCCUACUGAAGGACACCAGUUACUGGAGGGUUGUUAGCAGCAGGGAUCGCCGGAGGAGACCCUUCUUGCCUUACAAUGGCCUGCUGCCUCACAGGGAAGUUGACGAGCAGUGGUUUGACAUCUGCAACGUCCACAGUACUGCACUGAGGGUGGCUCGCAGGUGAACAUCGGUGUCAGAUCUGCGUGCUGUCAACGUUUAGGACUAGUUGACGUAUUGGCACUUGCUUUUUGGCAUCCAUUUCAAAUGAACUUAUUACGAUGACAAGAAAACAGUAGUGCAAAUUCACAUAUGAGGGGACAAGACUACUUCAAGAAAAGAACGAACACAGGACCUCUAGUUCCUACACCCUUGGCGGUUUAUCCUGCAACACCAUCUUCAUGUUCAGUAUUAUACAUACUGUAAAUGUUUUAUUAGGCUCUGUAAACAUAAAUACAUACAUGGACAUGUUCAUACUGUAUUAGAGGACAAAAACAGAAAGGUUGGCUAUCUUAUAAUUUAUUAAAUAAUAUUUAAUUUUUG